AUGCCUCCCAAACGAGAGCGAUCUUCCGAUUCCAACGAAGGAUCUAGCACCACACCAUCGUACCAAAAAAAAGAGUCUAAACUUCCAAGUGAGCUAUCGCCUUUACUCGUACCCGGAAGGAAAGCAUGGACCGCCGAAGAGGAAGAAGCUUUCCUCGAGAUAAUCGAUGAAGUAGUCAAAGCUGGUCUAUGGAACGCAGCUAAGUCACGCUCUGAAUUGAAAGGUAGAAAGCAGGCUACUGUCCAAUCUCAUUGGGAUGCACUUUUCAAGAAAUUGAACAAGUCUUGA